AUGAAUCAAUCACAGACACAACAGAAACCAGCCUUAACCACAAUAAAAGGAUUUCAGACUCCUGUCGCUUCAGGAGAUGAAGAUUCUGAUUAUGGCUCUAAUACUCCAGCACGAUACAACCCAAAAAUCAGUGAUAUUGUCACCGCAAAUUGCAGCCCUUCAUUGAAACCAUUCAGAUCUCCGGGACUGGGUGGCAUUAGUAAACUAAAGCUACAACUCGAUACUUUGAACUUGGAAAACGAAUCCAGAACAAAUUCGAUGGUGCGCAAUCAAUCUCAUUCUCAACCACAAAGUAGUACGGCAACGACAUCUGACGAUUUGAGCGAUGAUGAACGAUCCGAUAAUACGAGCUACGAGAUUCCUUUGGAACAUGACUUCGUCAGCGAAAGUGUGUGCGAAAGGCCAAUGUUUAAUGCGGUCGAAGGAGGAUUAGUUCAGGAUACCAUCGCGAGAAAGAUGACAGCAGACGACUUCGAAUCUUUACGAUGUUUAGGAAAGGGAACAUUUGGGACUGUUAUCCUGGUCAAGCAACGCACAACAGGUACACUAUUCGCUCAGAAACAAUUCAAAAAGGCAUCCUUAACGGUCCACAAGAGAUUGGUGGAGCAGACCAAGACAGAAAGAAGCAUUCUUGAAAGCGUAAAUCGACAUCCCUUCGUUGUCAAAUUAUUUUACGCAUUCCAGGACCAAGAGAAAUUAUACUUGAUUUUGGAAUAUGCGCAGGGAGGGGAAUUGUUCACUCACUUGGCACAAGAACGCAUGUUUACCGAGGAAGCAGCAUCGUUCUAUAUGGCGGAGAUGGUUUUGGCUUUGGAGCAUCUUCAUCAAAAUCUUGGAGUCGUCUAUCGCGACCUCAAACCCGAAAAUUGUCUCUUGGAUGCCGAAGGUCACUUACUUCUCACCGAUUUCGGACUAAGCAAGGUCGCUGUUGACGAAAAUGAUAAAUGCAAUUCGAUGUUGGGUACUGUCGAAUAUAUGGCACCUGAAAUCAUUCUUGGACAAAAGUACGGAAUGGCCGUCGAUUGGUGGUCUUUUGGUGCUCUUGGAUUCGAUUUAUUGACUGGCAGCCCACCAUUUCAUGGUCAAAAUAUUGCAAAAAUUCAGGAACGGAUUGUGAAGCAAAAGCUUGUCAUGCCUUAUUUUCUUGGACCAGAUGCGAAAGAUUUGUUGACUCGUCUACUUCGUAAGGAACCAAACAAAAGACUCGGAUCUCAUAUGCCCAAGGACAUGGCCAUUAUCCAAAAACAUCGAUUCUUUCGGCGUAUUGAUUGGCAGAAACUUGCAAAGAGAGAAGUCAAGGCACCAAUUCAACCAUUGAUCACAGAUCCGGAACUCGCGGAGAACUUUUCGGAUGAUUUCACUGAGCUUUCUUUGAGUCCUGUACUUACCAGUCACAAUAUACCAUGGAGUGCGACUUCUGCGAACGAGAAUAAUCCUUUUGGCGGAUUCAGUUAUGUUGCAAGUCAGAGUCUGUUGGAUUCAAAUGGAUUCUUAGAAAUGAACCAUAACAAAGUGACCGCAUGA